AUGACACCACCGGACAAGUCGUCUACUGAAAGCCGCAUGCACACCCUGUUUGCGGACUUCCAAAAAUCAAUUGAGACUUCCGACAGAGCCAGAGUCUCUGCAGAGCCCAGGGUGCCAUCUCAGAAGAUACCUCGCUCGAUACUUAAGAACCGUGAGCGUACUUCGCCCCGCCAAGAUAGACCUGAAGAUAGACCACGCAAAAGAGUGCGAUUCGAGCCAGCUUCAGGAGGCCCGUUGAAGGAAUCCGUGCUAUCCGGCGCUCACACGCCGGAGAAGUCCAUAGCUAGCUGGUCACUUCGCGGAAAAGUUAAACUACACGAACGACAAAGUCGUCGCAACGGAGGAAAGUCCCCUCAAAGUAUGGGAAACAAAGAGGAUAUUGAAGCCCUCGGAACGGAAGUCAAGAGCUUCAAAAGGGAAUUGGAAACCAUGCGAUCCUGCAGAUCGGAUGCUCGCAGCAGCGAACAAGACAGAUAG